AUGAUAGAAGGUGCGCAAGACGACGUCCAGCCAAUCACGAGAUUCCAGGACUCUCCUUUUCGAAAGGCGAUCCGAAAAGAGCUUCUGGCGGCGGGCUACACAGAGCCGACACCCAUCCAGGCCUAUGGGUGGCCUUUGCUGCUUAGUGGACGCGAUUGCAUUGCCAUCGCGAAGACUGGCUCUGGGAAGACUUUGGCUUUUCUGCUGCCAGCGCUUCACAACAUUUACCAAUGGCUCCAGGAAGAGGGCCCAGGUGCUGACGGCGCCGGCCCGCUUGCAUUGGUGGUCGCGCCGACCCGCGAGCUCGCCGCGCAGAUCCAUCGCGAGGCAGAACGAUUCGCCCGCGGCUGCCGCGCCGGCUGUGUGCAUGGCGGAACCGCAUGGGAGCCCCAAGCUGCCCUCCUGGAGGCCGGCUUGGAGCUCUUGGUCGCAACCCCUGGACGGUUGGCCUUCCUCAUGGCCCGGGGAGGCGAGGCAGCGGCGACAGCGGCUCGAGCCAUCGCGUCCUGCGGUGCACGCAAGCAGCUGUCGGAAGCUUUGGCCAUCUUCGAUCGCUUUGUCGCUGAAAACGGCAGCCCUACGCGCCAUUUAUUCUCGUCGUUUCUGAACGUGCACGUUCUUUGUGGUGAUCUCCGUGGCGCUGUCCAGGUCGCAGCGAAAAUGCAGGAGAAUGAUUUGCCUCUCGGGGUCGUCGAGUACACCACUCUGCUGAAGGGGCACCUCAACGCCGGCGAUGUGGAUGCUAGCAAGGCAGUGUUGGAGACCAUGAGCCAGGCUUCACCACCUAUCUACCCGGACAUACGUGCGGCCAACACGUUUUUGCGAGGCUGCCUCAAGCUCGGAGCGCUGCCGGAUGCAGAAGAAUUCUACGCCCAGCUCCCGAAGUGGGCCAUCGAGCCAGAUGCAGCAACGGUGAAGAUCUGGGGCCAGAUCCUGGCACAAGGUCUCCGGCUGAAGCCCCUUCAGCAACUGUGGAAGGAGACCGAGAGCAAGGAGUCCUCACUGGAGCAGCUCGACAAUGCCGCCGGGCUCAACUGUGCCAUUGCUCAAGUAGCUUGUCUCCUCGGUGCACGAAAGGCAGCUGGGAAAGCCCUCGAGCGAGCUGGAAAUGCCCUUGCCACGGAGCUUACAGCACAAGCCGAGUUCGACCGCUUGCGGCGACAGGAGCUGCAGCGAGAGGUGGCUUCCCUGAAGAAGGCCAUCAAGGCCGCGCCCUUUGACCUCGUCGCAUUUUUCCGCCGCCUCCUGGCGGCCCCUUCACAGCGCCAGGGACGAAAUUCCGCUUCAGGCGCUGUUACGCCCUUCGAGGCACUUCGACGAGGAUUUGGUUUGCCACAGUGCUUUGAGCGCGGGCUGUGCAGUGAGGAGGACUUCCAAACCCAGCUAGCCCGCUGUCUUCGUGGGGGACGGCUCCGCUGGAACCGCCUCUUCGGCGCAAAGAGGCCAACACUUCUGGAGGUCUGCUCUGGCACCGGAGACUGGGUGGUGGCACAGGCUCAGGCAGAUGCCGGCCGCGCCAAUUGGGUCGCAAGCGAGCUGCGAUAUGACCGGGCCUGGAGCAUCAUGACGAAGGCCGUCUUUGCCAGUGUCGACAAUUUGGCAGUGAUUGCUGGCGAUGCUGGCACCGUGCUGAAAGAGUGGGUGCUCCCGGGGAGCGUGGCAAAGGUCUGCGUAAACUUCCCCGAGCCUCCGCAGACCACUCGAAAUGCGAACUGUGACGAGGCAGAAUCCGAGCUGCACCUGCUGACCUCCGACUUUUUCGAAGAUGUCCACAAAGCUCUAAGCGACGGUGGCGUCUUAACGAUUUUUUCGGACAACCAGGAGUACAUGCGCUCCCUAGCACGAACUCUCGGCCUCCUACGUCGCCCGGGCCGCCCGGGCCCGGACGGUCGCCUUUUCGAGGCCUCGAGUGACGUGGACGCCUCGCACUUGGAGGAUGCCGAGGAGAUGUGUGGCUUGUUGAUCUGCCGUGGAUGUCCCGGCGAAGCCGAGGGCCAUGCGGCGAAGGUGUCUUCCCAGUUCGACCGUUUCUUUCAGCAUGGCCAGCACACCGAUCGAUUCUACAUCUCUGUAGUCAAGGUCCAGGUCACCAGCCAAGAUGACCAGCUUUGA